AGUAAUCAGUUGUGACUGUCGAGCGAAGGGAAAAUGUCGGCACGUUGGGGGCUGCUGUGCCACUAGUGACUGUCGCCUCCAUUUCCCGUUAAUUUCCUAUUAUUAGUCAUUAUUUUGAACUCUUUAGUUACUUCGUGAAACCUUCCUUAUUCAGAAAAUUUUCUGUACGAACAUUUAUCAACCAACUGGACGCGGGACGGUAUUAUUUCUGUGGCGUUUUGUGCGUCUUCGUCGCGUCGUCGUCGUUGUGUGGUAACUAAAAAGAGUCCAACAUGUCGCUCGCCAACACAAAGAUUGAAUUUAUCGUGGGUGCAAAAUAUCGGCUGAUGAGGAAAAUUGGAUCCGGAUCAUUCGGUGAUAUUUAUCUCGGGAUCAACAUCUCAAAUGGCGAAGAAGUUGCAGUGAAACUGGAAAAUAUGCGAGCGCGCCACCCGCAGCUCCUCUACGAAUCCAAAUUAUACAAAAUCUUACACGGAGGAAUCGGAAUACCUCACAUACGAUGGUAUGGCCAGGAACGUGAAUAUAAUGUGCUUGUUAUGGAUUUGUUGGGACCUUCCUUAGAAGAUCUCUUUACAUUCUGUUCGCGAAGGUUUACGAUAAAAACAGUAUUGAUGCUGGCUGACCAAAUGAUUGGACGAAUUGAAUUCGUCCACUGCAAACAUUUUAUUCAUAGAGAUAUAAAGCCAGACAACUUUUUAAUGGGAAUCGGGCGCCACUGCAAUAAGCUCUUCAUGAUAGAUUUUGGACUAGCAAAAAAAUACAGAGACAGUCGCACCAGGUCACAUAUAAUAUACAGAGAGGAUAAGAAUUUGACGGGAACAGCAAGAUAUGCUUCAAUUAACGCUCACCUUGGCAUUGAGCAAAGUCGCCGUGAUGAUAUGGAAUCGUUGGGUUAUGUUCUCAUGUACUUUAAUCGAGGAUCUUUGCCUUGGCAGGGACUCAAGGCUGCUACCAAAAAGCAGAAAUAUGAAAAGAUCAGUGAAAAGAAGAUGUCCACUCCAGUUGAGGUCUUAUGUAAGGGCUUCCCAGCAGAGUUUGCGAUGUACCUGAACUACACACGAGGGUUGCGAUUUGAAGAGAGUCCUGACUACAUGUACCUGCGACAAUUGUUCCGUAUAUUGUUCCGGACCUUAAAUCAUCAGUAUGAUUAUACUUUUGACUGGACAAUGCUAAAGCAGAAGGGGGCCAACCUGAACUCUGUCAGUGGUCCAUCUACGGGAGGUCCAGGCAUACCGAGCCAAGGACCACAAGGUCAGGGCCAAGGUCAGACAACUACUCAAGCCAAUGCCCAGACAGUUGAUUAGUUUCGGACAAUAGAGCAGCGAGUGGUCCAGCGCCUGUGGAGUGGAGAUCUUCUCUGUGUACAGCAUGGCAUUUAACUGUUGAUUAGACGAAAGAACUAAUUGGGCUAAAUUUACACCAUCUAAACAAUGAAACUUCAUAAAUUCUGAACUCUGUUUGAGAUUUCUUUUUUCCUUGGUUUUUUUAGUAAUUACUAUUUUUUUAUAUGAGAAUAUGAAAAAAUACAGAUACUUUGAAGAAAAAAAGCCUUAGUUUUACAGAGUAUCAUUGUUUUAUUUGUUCUUGGUGUCAAUGGACUUAUUAUUGAAAAAAAAGAACUAGCCAUGGGCGAGAGCGAAGUGAUCAAAAAGUUCCGAGCAGCAGGCGUCGCCGUAGUUCUUCAUGCUGAAAACAACUUAACGAAAAAGGACUAGCUACACCGUCUUCCUAUCCCAUUUACUUCAUAAUAAACCAAACCCUACUGUUGAAAAACUUCAAAAAACCUGUAAAAAAAAAAAUAUACGAAAAUUUAUCUAAAGAAUGCAACAUCCCACACAAUUGUUUGGCAAAAGCUGUACUCUGAGUUUGUAGCUUAAAUUACCGUUUUUAUUAUAUAAAAUUUGCCAAUAUCGUCAAGCACUUAAUUUCAAUGGAUUAAAUUUUCCCAAAAUUUACUCACUUGAAAUUUAUAUGUGCCCUGAGUACAAGAAAGGUAUUGCUCGAUUAUAUUUUAUCUCAUUUGACAAAAAAAAAAAAAAAAAUUAUGAAUUUUUCAAGUCACUUACAGAGGUGGGUGUGGAUUGAAUUUUAGACAUUGUAAAGAUCUUGAGUACAGGUAUAGUCAUUGAUUUCCCUAACUUUUGUAAUUUUGAUUUCUCUUUAACAUUUGCCUUUACAUCCGAUCGUUGAGUAAAUCAGGAAAAUUUUUUCGUUGAAUGUUGCUGCUACUACUACUACUGCUGCUGCUGCUGCUGCUGUUACAAUCACUACCGAAGCAUAUAGUAAAGAAUAAGAGACAUGAAUAAAUAACAAUAGUCCUGUGUAGCUGAGAUCAUACUUGUAAUAUGCUAACAGUGAUUGAAUAUUCAUUGCAAUCGAUUCUUGUAGUUGUCGAUUUAAGUGUGACCAAACAAAGGUGUACCAGAAUAAAAUGAUACACUUUUCAUUUUUAAGAAACCUGUCUAUGAAUUGAUUGAUAUGUCUUGCUUCGAUUACGUUCUCAUACGUAUGGGACAUCUCGAUCAAGAUUCUACGUCGAUGACUCAGAUUGGCUUUAUAAUGUUUUGUAUGGAAGUACAUGAAGAAAAACGCAAUCUCAAUUUUUUUCACAAUUUUUCGACCCAGCGUAUCUGAAGUAUGAUUUGAAAACUUGGAAAA